UGGAGCGAGCCGGGGAUGGAGCGGAGUUUCCCUGAGACUCCGGCGAGGGGCGGCCGAGGGGGCCGGGAGGCGGCGGGGCGGGCAGGGGGACAGGGGAGGGGACAGCGCCGGGGACACGGGCACGGCAGCGGCCGCAGGUGAAGCCGCCGCGCCUCGCCCGGAGCGGGGCGGGAGCUGCCGGGGCCACCAUGGGCCGGGGGGGGCCGUAGGGAGCCGCUCCGCAGGGGGACCCCCCCUUCCCCUCGCUGACGCCGGAGGAGAAGGGAGGGAAAGACGGAAAAAGGAGGAAAAUCCCAGCGAAACCCUCCCCGAAGCGGAGCCGCGGAGAAGGCGGCGGCGGCGGCUGGAAAAUGCAUCUUCCUCGGAGCUGCGUCCUCCUCCUCCUCCAGGGCAGCGUCGCGCUGCUGGUGUUCUGCGCUCCGGACGGACCCGGCCCAGCCGCGGAUCCGGGCGAGCCCCGGGCCCGCGGGCGAGCCCCGAAGCUGCGGGAGCUGCUCUCCCCAAAGCCCCUGGCCAGCCUGAGCCCGGCCCCGCCGCACAGCCGGACCCCGCCGGGGCCGGGCAGCGGCUCCCGGGGGCUCGGGGCCGCCCUGGAGAACCGGGCCGGACCGGAGCGGGAGCCGCGGGGGCAGCGGGAGCCGCGGCCGGCCCCGGGCGGGCGGCAGAAGCUUUUCGGCUGGGGAGACUUCUACUCCAACAUCAAGACGGUGAAGCUGAACCUGCUGAUCACGGGCAAGGUGGUGGAUCACGGCAACGGCAGCGUCAACGUCUUCUUCCAGCACAACUCCACGGGCCACGGCAACAUCUCCGUGAGCCUCGUGCCGCCCAGCAAGGCCGUGCAGUUCGACCUGGAGCAGCAAAUCUUCAUCGAGGCCAAGGAGUCCAAGGUGUUCAACUGCCGCGUGGAGUCGGAGCAGGUGGCCCGGGCCAGGAAGACCUCGCUGUGCACCUUCGACCCCGCCAGGACGUGCUCGCAGGAGCACACGCGGAGCCGCGCCGCCUGGCGCUGCUCGCAGCCCUUCCGCGCCGUGUGCGUCUACAUCACCUUCUACAGCAGCGACUACCGCCUGGUGCAGAAGGUGUGUCCCGACUACCACCGCCACAGCCAGCGGCCCUACUUCCCCUCGGGGUGAGCCCCGCGCCGCCGCUCCCGGGCUGCGAGUCUCGGGAUUCCCCGGGCAGAGAUUCCUGGGAUUCCCUGGGCAGCGAUUCCGGGGACAGCAACUCCUGCCAUUCCCGGGCUGCGAUUCCCGGGAUUCCCCGGGCUGUGAUUCCUGAGAUUCCUUGGGCAGAGAUUCCUGGGAUUCCCCAGGCCUCGAUCCCGGACCGCGAUUCCCGGGCAGCGAUUCCCCAGGAUUCACGGAGCCACGAUUCCCGGGC